AUGUUGUCCACCUGCGUCGGGCAGCAGGUCACCGCGCACUUCGGUGGGCUGCGAUUUCGCAGUGUGCAUGCAUGCGGAAGUGGGACGUUCUGCGCGGGGUCCGCCCUGCCCCGGGCGCGGGCCACGCAACUGUCGAAGCGAGGGGCGGCGGCCCCAGGGCCGCAGUGCUGUAGGGGCAUGGUGACGGUACUGCGAGUGGCGCGUGUCGUGUACGCUUCCGGAUGUGGCGGCCAUCAGGUGCGUUGUGCCGCGUACGGUGGGGGAGUGGUGGCUGCGUCUGGUCUUUGUCGCGUGAGUUUUGUGUGCCGCUGGGCCUGUCGCCACGGUGGUGGCUUUCGCUGUCGCGUGGGUGUGCUUCACCCCGAGAUGGCGGGGGCGGGGAGGUGCGGUCGCGGCCACACCGCGGGGUUCCGGAUUUUUUGUUGUGCGCAGGCGAGCGCCACGUGCGGGCGUGGGCCGUUUCUUGCGGUGGUGCGCGCCUCCGUCUCCAUCGUUUGCCUGUUUGCUCGUUUGUGCCCACGCACGCGCGUGUGCUGCUGCAGUGCACGGCAACUGCCUGCGGCUGCGCCGGGCAGCUGCGUUGGUGCGUUUCUCACGUUGCCCCUGGCGAAGCCGCGGGCCGCCUUGCCGCAGUGCUGGGGCUCGGUGCCUCGCGGAGGGGGAGGGCAGUGGUUGGCAGUUGGUGCCUUCGACUUGUUGUUGGUUGAUGGUGGCAUCGGCCGGGCUUUGCGUGGCGCCGUGCUGAGGAGGCGCGGGAAAAGUGUGGUGGAUUUCCCACGCAACAACUGCAGCUGCCGAGGAUGGGUAGCAGCAGUGGAACAAAUCGGCGGUGUUCCUCGUC